UAACCAUUGGGGUAUAAAUGUAUAUUUAUCUCCUUUGAUAAAGCAUUAAGUGCUAUUUUGGUCAUAUUUAUUCUUAGAUGCUAUAUUAGUGACAAAAACUGGUUUAAUGUUACAAUAUAUAGCUUAAUUCCAAAAAAAUAAUUUACGUCAUAUUUGAUACUAUUUUUAAAAUUUACUUUUAAAUUAUUAUAAUUUUUCACAAAUAUCUUAAAUUUACAUUAUUAAUAAUUCAAUUAAAAAUAAUUAUAAAUCAAUGAUUUAAUUAAAACUUAAUAAAAAGGCGACCAAUAAGCAUAACAUCAUAAACUCAUGAAAAAAUAUGACAGUAAACUAAAUCAUUUUUCAAAUAAUGCAUAGACACGUACAGAAAAUCAAACAUUAACAAAACUUUUGUCGAACAUUGAAAAUAGCCACAUUCCAUUUAAUUCACCUCUACAUAAUCCUCAAAUAUAAAAUGAAGUUCUUGUUCAUCCCACUCUCUAUCAAAUCAUUUCCAAUAUUUUCAAGGGAAAAUUAAUAACAAUGCCGGAAAAUGCCAAGCACGGUCCAAGACUCUCCUUUUCUCAAGAUUUUUGCCACUAUGAUUCCAUACCGAUCGAGCAAAGUCCAUUACGAACUCAUUCGGAACCUUCAACCAUCAACUUCGAUUUCUCCAUUCCCGGCGGCGUAAUCUCCGGUGAAAGCUCGUGGUCCGCCGAAGAGUUUUUCUCCGAUGGAAAAAUGCUCCCCACAGAAAUCAAAAAGAUACCCGAGAAAGAUGGAACCGGUUUGUAUACGAAUCCAAUAGGAGAUACUAAACCGGUUCUGGAAAUCGGAUUAACGGCGACGGGAGCCAUACGCAAUACGGUGCCGUUUCACGUUCCUUCUGAACCGUGUCGUCCCGGACCGGAAACGAAUCCAAUCAGAAAUGCUCAUGAAAUAGAAGAAAUCGAAGAAGAUGAAGAGAGACCCACUGUGAAUCCGUGUUGGGGGAUUAAGAAAAGAAGCGAACGUCUCAAUUCCGAAGUUGGGUUGCCAUUGCUUUCGGAUAACCCGACCGGUUCGAAUUAUAAACAGACAGAAACUAUGAAGCUCGAGGUUUCGUCUCCUUCUUCUUCUUCUUCAAACUGUAGUUCUCAGAAACCGCUAUUGAGUAAGAAGAGCCAUGGAGAUUACAGUAACGGCGGAGGGAUUAAGGUGAAUUCGUUUCUGGAUGUGUUUCCGGGAGGGAGUUUGUUUGGAUUGGGAUCGAUCAUUGUCGGUAGUGGAAGUGACAAGAACAAGAAGAUAUCAGUAUUUUGUCAUUGGUAAGAAUUUUUUUUUCGUGGAUCUCUGUUUCUUACUUUCUUUCUCCGGAGCUCUGAACGGAGUUUUAUUACAUUGAUCAUUGGCUUUCGUGGUUCCAACUUCCAACUGUUGAGUUUUACUUUUAGAUUUUCUUAUCAAUGUGUAGUUGAAUGUUAAAUGUAUUAUUUCUGUUACAUACAUAAUAGUAAUGAAUUUGAAGACGCUUCAGUCUUCACAAAAGAAAUAGAAUUCUUGCUAAAUUUUUUCAACAAAUACUAAAAAUGUCGUACUAUCUAGUGUAGUAAAAUUUACUCUAAAAUAUCAUCUUAGCUUUACUAUAAAUGUCAUUUAAAAUUUUAAAACACUUAUCUUUAGUUAAUUUAUUACUUGUUUCGUUUUAUUAAAUCAUAAAUUAGAAAUAUAAGUAAAUUGAAACUUUUAUCAAAAUUUAAAAUGUAAUCAACUAUUUAUAACAAAUCAAAUUUUAAAAUCUAAAAUAAAUAUUUAAACGGAUGUAAUAUAUCUGAAGACGAAGCUCUUAAAAUCAACUUAAAACUUUAAUUUUGGGUUAUAUCGUUGUUGUUCAUGCAACAAUACAUUUUGGCAGCCAGAUCAUGUUUAUUUUGUGAGUUAGCAUGCUAUUUUCCCACAAAAAUUAUUACAUAGCAUCAAAUUUUCACUGAAUUAUAACUUUGUAAUAUAUCUGCCUGCACUGAAUAUUAUUAUAAAUGUAUUUUUUUGAAUUAAAACUUAGAAUCUUAUUUCUCCACAAACCAAAAUUUAAAACUUAAUUAUACAUAAAGCCAUAGUUUUAAGCGGUUUAUUAUUUACCAAAAAUAUUAACUGUUAAACCAAAUAAAAAAUCAAUUUUAAUUAAACCAAACAACUUUACCCAAAAAAAUAAUUAAUUAAACUAGACCCAACACUUCGACUCAUUGUUUUUUCUUCUUCACCCUAAAAAUCUUAAACAUUUGAUCUUCUUUGAACUGUGGGUUACACAACUCUUACACAACUCCGGAGGUUAUAUCACCGCGAUGAUACAACGGAACAAAAGCUGAUGCGUGGUCUUGUGGAGCGGUUAUAUCACAGUACAGUUGUCCAAUUUGAUUACAGAACUUGGAGAAGUAGUCAUGUCAUGGCGCAAUGACAUCAUGUAAACACCUUGUGACGUGUUGUUAGCCUUUUAUUUCUUAAGAUUUGUCGGAUCAAGAAUGGGUGAGUUGAGUUAAUAACGCUUCUUAUUUUAAUUUUUUUUUUGGGUGAAGGAGUCUGUAUAGUUAAAGUUUAUUUUUUUGGUUAUUGUUUGAUAAAUAGUAAACAGAUUAAAAUUAUGAUUAUGUAUAAUUAAUUAUACAUAAUUGUAUAUUUUUAUUUGAAGAAAAAUAAGAUUGUAACUUUUUAAUUUGGAAAAAGUUAUAAUAUUCAAUAUGGUAAAAUAUACCACGAGAUCAUAACGAACAUUAGAUAUAUAAUAAUUAUCGUGUGAGAAAUAGCAUGUUAAUCCUUAUUUUGUCGUUGUUACUUCGGCGACAUGUCACGAAGCCAGAAUUUUAAACGUCUUGUUCACCACACGAAAUUAUUUUAUCAAUUUUAAACGUCUUGUUCACCACUGGAAAUUAUUUUAUCGCCUUUGCGAAGAGAAGCAUCUUCGAAAAAAAUUCUAUAACUUAAUAUAGAAUUUUUUGCUCUAAAAAAAAUUUCAAAACUUCAAAUUUAUCAUUUUGAAGAGUAAAACUUCAAAUUUAAAGUUUCAUCUUUUUAUCUGCAUUUUGGUCUUUACAAUUAACUAUACAUCACAUUUUUAUUAAUAAAUAUUUUUCCUUUUAUCGUUUUAAUUUUUAAAACUUUUAUGUCUCAUAAAUAUUUUAAUUUUUUUAAAUCCAAGUUUUACACAUAAAAUUAAAUAAAAAUUAAAAUAAUUUUUACAAUAUUUUAAAAAUAGAAUUAGACAGCAAGAAUAUUACAAAAGAAACUUAAUAAUUUUUUUUUUAAAAGAUACAUGAAGACAUAAUUAUUUCAAAAAUUUAAAUAUUACAAAAACGCUAAUAACAUGGUAAGUUUGCUUCGGAACUUUCAAAAUAUUGUCCAAACAAAUUUUGUGUAACCAAAGAUAGAGCAUUACAAAAAUAAUUUUAUGGAAUAAUAUGGUAUUUUACUUGUAAUUUAAUAUUCAAUUAUGUAUUUAGAUUUAUAAUUUUAUAUUUUAGUGUAAAAUUUUAUUAAUUAAUAUUGUUGUAAUAUUUUAUAUAUGUACUAGUUAUAUAUAAAAGUCAUAUGGACUUACGUUAAUUAUGAAAAAUGUAAAGGCCAUAGUGUAAAAUAUAAAUAAUUUGUAAAAUAUAAAGACCAAAGUACUUUUGGAGAAAAAACACAUUGAAACUUCAAAUAUAGAAUUUUACAAAUUUCAAAAUAGAAAAUCUUUCUGGAAAUGCUCUCUAAUAUAUCCCCUAACCAAACCAUUAACUAUAAAGCUUAAUAGCUUAUCACUAUCACUUAUCAUUCUUUGCUAACAACAAUAUAUAAAGGAAGAUAAUGCAUCGUUGGACUUUUGUUGUUUGUCACUAUCGUCAUCACUGAC